CUUUUUAAAUAAAAAUAAUAAUAUUUUUCAAUAAAAAAUUUGAUAAUUAUUGAUAAUAUAUUAAGUGGUCAAAUAAAUAAAUAUUAAUAUCUAUUUCAUUAAAUUACAAUUUAAGGGAAUACUAAAAUGAACCCAGUCAUAUCUAAGUAGGUUAAUGUAAAUAGCCCUCAGUACUUUUUAAGAAAUGAAAAAAAGAACAUAAGAAACCUUUCACCAAGCUAUCAGCAAGUUAAAAAGUAGAAUACAUCAAUGCCAACAGCUGCAAUUUAAGAAUAAAAUGAAUUACAUUAAAGCGUACCCACUAAUUUAUUAGAAAUAUAAUAGAAAUAAAAAGAUUUAUAUGAGUUGUAAGAAAAAAUGUAAGAAACUCUAUCUAAAAGUAUAGAUAAAGCUAAGGUAUAGAAUUCAUCUGCUAUCUAUUCAAAAGGAUAACCUAAUUUAGCUGGCAAAUCUCCAAUAAAAAAUGAUAAUCAAAUUAUUCGCAAAAAAGUAAAUCAAGAUAUCGCAAAAUCAGAUUAGAAAAACUAGGGAGAAACAAAAUCUCGCAGUAAGAGUAAUAAUGCUUCUAUGAAUAGCAAUUCAUUCAACAAAAUACACUCCCAGUCAUUUAAAUCUUCAAACACACCUUAAAUUUUAUAAAAUAUUUACACACACAAAAGAGCAGUAUAAAACAAUCCAAAUUCAGAUAGUAAUAUAUAGGAAGAAGCAAACCAGACAAAUCACGACGUAACUUUAGAAUCUUUUUAUAGAGAAAUAGAGAAGAACAAGGAGUAUUUAUCAAAUUAAAGAGCAUAUACUUCUGUUUCUCCAAUGGCUAUUGAUAGAAAACUGCUUUCAACUUUGUAAAAAAAUAAUUAAAAAGUCUUAUAAAUAUAUUCGUAAGUAUAAAAUUAAAUGAAGCGUAGAGGAGUUUCUCCAAAUUAGUAAAAUAAAAAACAGUAAAUAAAACCAUCCCCUGCAAAAACAGAUAAUAGAAAAGUACUCUAUGAGUCUUACUCUUAAGAAAAAAUAUAAAAGAUUUUACAGGGAGGAUAAAUAUUAGAUAGUAUAAACUAAGAAGUAGUAUCCAAUAAUAACUAAAUAGAUAGUAGAAAAGCUUCACCUUUAUUUGGAGGUAGAAAUGAAGAAAAUAGUGCCAAUAAUCGUUCUAGCUAAAAUUCAAGCACUCUUAAUUAGUUAAAAAGCCAGCUAACAGAUAGUCCAAUAGAUUAAUAAUUCAAUACAAUUCCAAGCAUCCCUUCAUGUUUAGGGACAGGCUAAUUUGUGACACUUCCUAAUGAUUGUUUUAAUAGUAUAAAUACUUCAGGGAAUGUCCACAAAGAGAAGGUUAGGAAUCAUCACGGUGCAUCUAAUAUAAACGGUUAGUAGUCAAAUCUGCAAUUCAUAGGUAAGUAUAAGCCUUACUCAGACAGCAAAGGCAAGACUUAAAUAACUUCAUUAACCAAGUUUAUGAAAAAAUUGAAUAAUGAAUAGUAUUAAGGGUCAAGCUAACUCUAUUAAUAGCUACAAAAAAGCUAAAAAAUAGCACAGGAAUAAUAUAGAAAUAUGCUUAUUUCACCAUCAAGAAAAACAUAAUAGUUUUUUGGAUAGAAUAGUGCAAAGGAGUCAUUUAUUACUCCAACAAGAAAAUAAUCUGUGCCUAAAGAUCCAACUCCUGAAAAGGCUUAAUAAUAAAAAGCAAUUUCCCCUUCAAAUAGACCUUUUAUAGUUAAAGGAAGUAAAUCUAACAAUGAAACUCCUAAAAACCAAGAAUCUAAUUUUUAGUUUAGUCAACACAUUGAAGUAAAUUAAAAUGUCAAUGCCUAAAAUAUAAAAUAACCUAAGGAAACUUAAUAAAAGCAAAAUUUAAAAGGGCCAACCAAUAAUUUAAUCAUAAUAAACAAUAAAAAGAAUUAAUAAAUAAACUAAGCGAAGUAGAAAGAUAUAAAUUAUGCAGUGUAAAAUACUUCACAGUAAAGUAAUUAAGUAGUUGAGCAUAUUUAACAAGUUCAAUAAAGCACUAUUGAAAAUGGUUAAAUUUAGCAAUAAAUUGAAAGAUUGAAUGAAUAGAAUAAAAUAAAAGAUUAGUAAAUAGAGUAUCUUAACCAUUAAGUUAAAUAUUUAAUUGAGUAGAUAACCAGAUAAUCUUAAUUAGUAAACGAAGAGGAACAUUCAUUAUCUAAUUAUAAUGCACAAUCCUUUGAUUAUAAAUCAUAAGAUAGAUAAAAUAGCUCAAGACAAUAACAUUAAAACGAACUAUAAUCAAAUUAUACUUCAACAUAAAAGCAUGAAGAGGAAUUUUAUAGUGAUAGAAAUAAUCACAAUAUUUUUUUAAAUGAAUAAAAUAAGAUAACACUUAUAUAAGAAGCAUCAUUUAGAUAAAGUCUCAAUUUGUAAGCUCAAUAAUAAAAUGAAUAACAAGAAUAAAAUCAACAGAUAACAAAUUUAAAUCAAAAUCAAUUUUAAGAAUUGAUAAAAUAAUAUUAUAUUCUGAAUCAAAAGUAGACUACUGAUAAUGUUGAUCAUCCAGUAAAUUAAAAUGAUCAUUAUGAAAACUAAAUAUAGCAAUAUAGCCAAUAAAAUUAAGAAUAAUAGUAACAAUAAUAAUAUUCUCAUUCUAAUGUGGCUGUUGAAACUAGAAUUCACCAAAAACAAUUGUCAUUUUCUGCUUAAGAAUAAGCUAACAAAGAAGAAGAGUAAGAACAAGAAUAAGAAUAGAAUUUUUAAGAUGAAAGCUAAUAUCAUUAAGUUGAAGCAUAAAAUCAAUAGGCUGAAUAUUCUUAUGAGAACUAAGAGAUUUAGAGUGAGCCAUUAAACGAAAACUCAAUCCAAUAAUUAGAAAAAAGAUGUAAAACAGAGGAUGAUUAUCUUGAUGAUAAUAACACUUUCAACUAUAAUGAUUCAAUUCACACUAAUUCUAAUAAUAUCAUAUUAACACCAAAAUCUAUAGAGCCUAACUAUUAAUAACAUAACUAGGAUAAUAAUCAAAUUUAAUAGAUUUAAGAAAAGUCAUAGUCUUAAACCAGCAAUCAAAAUUAAAAUGAGCAAAAAUAAGAAGAAUAAAACUAAAUAGGGGAUAUUAAAAUUUUAAAUAAUUUUUAGCCAAGGUUAUCAGAGUCGUCUGAGUUAAAAAAUUCAGUUAAAUCAGUUCAAAAUGGAAAUUAUAAUUCUGAGGUUAAUAAUUUAGAAGAAAACUUAGUAAUUUAAAAAUCUCAUUCAGAAAACCAUGGUAAAGAAGAUGAUCAUGUUGUACCAUACAAAACCCCUCAUGAAAGAUCUAUGUAAUAGCCAUAAUAUGAAUAAAAUAUCUAAAAUGAAUUAUAAAAGGAACAUCCUCAACAAAACUAAGAUUAAUAAAUUUGA